CCAAACUGCAAAAAAGAGGACGGUUGAGUGAGAAGCCUGUUUUACAACUCUCCGAAAGCUCUCUGUAGCGACAAUCGGAGAACUGAACCAGGCGACCCCCCGGUUCCUUUUAGGUCCGCCCCCUUUUUCCUCUCUAACGUGCGCCGUUCUUCUGUACUAUUAUGGGGCGUGUUUGAUACUCUCUCCCUUCGAUUCUCCUCCUCUGUUCUUCGCGAUCCGAUCGACUAAACCCUAGCUCUCAUUCCGGUUAAAUUUCUAGCGGGAGAGAGAGAGAAGACAGAGAUUGAGAUCGCAUGAUGUUGAGACAGAGUCCUCCGAAGCACAGACACGAUGGCACUUCGCCGCUGCCUUUGGGGAUGGACUGGAGUCCUACGCCGCGAAAAUGGAAUGGUCGGGACACCGUCUGGCCACAUGAUUACCACACAGGAUGGAGUUAUUGUGUGACAAUUCCUUCUUGGGUUGUGCUUCCAAAAUCAAGAGAUUCAGAUCCUGUAGUGUUUUACAGGGUUCAGAUCGGGGUACAGUCACCGGAAGGGAUUACAACUAUACGAGGGGUUUUAAGACGCUUUAAUGAUUUCUUGAAGUUAUUUAGUGAUCUUAAAAAGGCAUUUCCUAAGAAAAAUCUUCCUGCACCGCCACCUAAGGGACUCCUGCGUAUGAAAAGCAGAGCAUUGCUAGAAGAGCGGAGGUGCUCUUUGGAGCAGUGGAUGUCAAAGCUACUAUCUGACAUUGAUGUAUCAAGAAGCAUUUCAGUGGCAUCCUUUCUUGAACUAGAAGCUGCAGCUAGGUCUUGUAUGUGUUUUCCCACUGCAUCAACUUUCCAAGAUGUGGAUCAGCAAACUUCAGAAGGAAGCCCCGCAUCUGGCAGUGGCACAACUUCUUCACUUGAACUACAUCCCAAUUCAAGCCUAUCACUGAUUGCUGGUAGUUCAUCGAUCACAUCAGAUUUUGGCAGUGAUACAGCUUACGAGACAUCUGAACUUGAAACACCAAGGCUGGGAAAGGAUACCAAUUCUGAAGUUGGUACAGAUGAUCUAGUAUUGGAUGAAGAUUUGUCUAGUCCAAUCGAAAAGCUUGUAAAGUAUGGUUUGUCCAAUAUUGACGAGGGACUAUUCAUGGGGCAGACUAUCCUGGAGCAGUUGGAAGGUUUUCCUGGGCAUAAAGUGCAUGCAAGACAGCUUAACAAUUUUGCUCGAAGGGAUAUAGAUAACGGAAUUGUGUCGAAAUCCAAAGUUCUUUCUGAUCCAGAGCAUGGUAAAAUAAUUGGUCAUGUACGAAAGCUCUCAACUGAGAGUGUUGGAAGUGAUACAAGUUCUUUAAAAGGUAGCGAAACAUCAAAUUCAGGGAAUCUUAAUUCAUUUGGUGAUGGCUCCCUUGACUUUCCUGGAGGUGCUGAGGUUUCAAGAAAUAUGGAAACUGUCAGCAACUCAGACUGGCAGUUUGUAGGCAAUACACAAGUUGUUCUUCCACUGGAUCAGCGCCAUAAAAUGAACAGGGUUCUUAUGACCAUGCAGCGGAGACUAAUUACGGCGAAAACUGACAUGGAGGAUCUUAUAGCAAGGUUAAAUCAAGAAAUAGCUGUGAAAGAUUACCUUAUGACAAAGGUCAAGGAUUUGGAAGUAGAACUUGAUACCACCAGACAGAAAAGUAAAGAAAACUUGCAGCAAGCUAUUUUAGUCGAAAGAGAAAGAGUUACACAAAUGCAGUGGGAUAUGGAGGAGCUCCGACGGAAGUCAUUGGAAAUGGAGUUGAAGUUGAAUUCUGAAAAGGAUCAAAAAGUGCAUGCAGAGUCAACACAGGAAGUACUCACUGUUCAUGAGAAACAAGUGCUGCUGCAGGAGUUGGAAGACACUAAAGAACAGCUAAAAAAUGCAUUGAAGAGACGGGAGGAGCUGGAAGUGAAAUCAAAAUCUGAUAUUAAAGUUCUUGUUAAAGAGGUUAAAUCUCUCAGAAGAACUCAAGCUGAUAUGAAACAGGAGCUCAGCCAAUCACUGAAGGAAAAAACUGAAGCAGAGAAGCUCCUUAGAGAGGAAACAGAAAGGAGGGAACAUGCAAAAUCAGCUCGAAGAAAGCUGUUGCAUGAAUGCAGGAUCUUUCAGAAUCAGCUUGAUGAGUGCAACAUUAAUAUCCUGGCAGAAGAGGGAGAUAAAUUUUUCAAAGAUUCUUCUCCUCCAUCAGAAGUCUUUGAUCUCUUGACGACCUCUGACAACCGGAUUGGCUAUCUCCUUGCUGAGUAAUGGAGGGGCAUAGUUGCUAAAAUUGCACCUGGGGUCUGCUAAGGGCAGGGCACACAGGCAGCUUCUGGCAAGGUGAUGUGCACUAGGUGCCCUGGAUGGGAAGAACUGAAGCAUGGCCAAUUGAUAAAUUCUAUUUUGUUCAUAGUCGAUGCCUCUUUCUCAAAUUUUUGAUGAUUUCAUGACAGAAUUAAUUUGGAACAUAAUGACAGAAUGCCUGUCAAAAAAAAAGGUCCAGAUCAGUGGCAAGUCCUGGUACUGGCUGCUCAUUGACUUGUUGAGUGCCUAUCAUUGGUUUUUGGUGCAUUUGGAGAGAUUUUAUCCUCAGAAGAAAUUUGGGAAUCACUGGUAUGGUGGUGCUUCAGUUGACUACAAGUGGCAAGUUCUUGGAGGUAGGGUGGACUGGUGGAGUUGUUGGGGAAAGAAUCAUUGCAUCUUCAUACCUGGGGAUGUGGAGGAUUCCUUGGGAGAUUUUCUGGUGUAUUGAAGUCGAUUGCUGAUCCAGUGAAAGUCAGGGUUAGUGCACAGAUAUUUGGGGUUUUUUUUUUCUGAGGGAAAAAAGAAAGAAUAGAUCUCAAUAGAAUGAGAUGGUAAAAGGUUUUGUUCAACUGCCACUUGAGGAAAAUAAGGAAUUUUAUGCUUUUUUGGUUCUACAUUGUUGGCACGUGGAAAGAUUAUGUGGCUGGAGUGUUGGGGCAGCGGCUUGGGUUUCCAGAGGCAACGUCAAAGGGAGAAAAUGGUUUGGUUGGUCCUGGGCUUGAAGCUGAGGUAUUUUGGAGUGGGGCAAGUACUUUAUUUUUAAUUUCAAUUUGGGCCAACUGUUAAAACCUUUUACUGAGGCCCAUAGUUUAAACAAGGAAAAUGCUUAGUGGAAUUUGUUUAAGGACUGGUGCACUUCACUCCGGUACGGUUAGGGGCGGUACAUUUUUGGAGGCAGGAAUUAUUAAUGGGCAGGCCCAAAAAAUAGGUCUGGGAGCAGAAGAUUCAUCAUGUCUUGCCAAUAGCGCUCCUGUGCAGGUGGCAAAUAAGAGCUUUCAUGGUUCAGUUGCUUCUUCUCAGGUGGAAGUUCUCUCCAAAAGGAAUUCUGCAAAUUUGUGUGGGUCAAAUGGGUUCAGAGCUCAGCAAUUAGAUCAGCAACCUUUGAUGGCUGUCAAAUCUGGUUACUUUUCUGCUUUGGCUAACAAUUGUGAGCUGCAUUCUGAAGAGGGAACCAAUUUUUCUGUGAGGUGUCCAAAAAUCAUAUUAAUUUAAUUAAUGAUCUGGUAAGUCAGUAUCUUAAUUAAGAGUUUUGUGUGUGAAAUGUGAAGUAAUAAAUGUUGAUGUGGAGCAGAGAAGAGGGAUUUGUACUGUGGGAAUAAUGGUGUGGUGAUAAGUCUCUGGAUGCUGGAAAUAAAACUGUUGAAGAGUGGAGUCUGCUAAAGUUAAUACUCAUUGGGAAGUGUCACGGGCUAAGCUUGUUCAGGGCAUUAUGCUUGCCUAUGACCGCUUAUCUCGUGUGUUUGGGAUGGGUUUCCAUCAUGUAAAUACUAGUGUAGGGUUAUUUUCUAGUAUUUAUUUCAUUGUAAGCCAAAUAAGGCAGUAUGACUCCUCGGUCACUUUGAUGUUUCCUAGUGCUAGAGUGAGAAUGGCCUAGAAAGCUCUUUAGGGGAGGGUGAGUGUUCAUUAAUCAUUGUAAAACUCACUAGCAAUUGUCAACGUGCUUAGCCUACUUGCCUCCCUCGCUAAGUACAACAUGUCAACGGAGGAUUUGUUAAUGAAUUACGUUUGCUUCAAUAU